AUGAUAUCUAUAAAAUGGGCUGGCGCCAGUAUUUUUCAACUUGGCUCUUUUCUUUUCUUAUUAUUCUAUUUAAUGGGGAUUCUUAAUGUGAAUUUUAGUGAUAAAAAUAAUUAUUGUGUCAUGACAUAUAUGUUCGAAUAUCCUCAAUUUGUGCGAAUAUCCAUGAUUGAAAGUAAUAUAUACCCACAAUAUGGUUUAUACACAUAUAGUGAAGGCCGUUUUACAGAGAGAGCCAGGAAGAUGUGGUUUGAUGGUGUACCUGUGUUAUUUUUGCCUGGAAAUUCUGGCAGUCAUAUGCAAGCAAGAUCUCUUGCAUCAGUAGCAUUAAGAAAAGCAUUAUCUAAUGGUUAUGAAAACCAUUUUGAUUACUUCACAAUAAGCUAUAAUGAGGAGUUGUCUGGCCUUUAUGGAGGAGUGCUUCAAAGUCAAACUCAGUUUGCAGCAGCUUGUGUUUCAAAAAUUUUAAGCCUAUAUAAAAACAAAUACACUAAAUCUAUUCCAUCAUCUGUGAUAUUAAUUGGUCAUUCAAUGGGAGGAGUCAUAGCUAAAAGGCUUUUAGCCUACCCAAGUACAAUAAAUACAACAAAUAUUGCAAUAACAUUAGCAGCACCAUUAGAAGCACCAAUUGUAAACUUUGAUACUGCCAUAAAUGACUUCUACAAAUUAAUGGAUCUGGAAUGGAAAAUUUAUGUUGAACCGAAUAAAGAAAUAAUAGAUAAAAAGCUAUUGAUUAGUUUUGGCAGUGGCCCUAGAGAUCUUUUAGUGCCUGCAGGGUUAACGUCAUCAAAUGUCAGUUAUGUUAAUACUUUGGCAACCGCAAUUCCGGGAGUAUGGGUAUCACCAGAUCAUAUCAGUAUGGUUUGGUGCAAACAAUUAGUUUUGGCAAUAAACCGCUAUCUAUUUGAUAUCAUUGAUACAAGGACUGAUCAAAUUACUGAUAACUAUGAACAUAUCCAAGUGAAAUCGCUACAAUAUUUUGUGGCUAACCGUUCAAUGACUUUGAGCGAGAAAUCGCGUGCAAAUGUUAAUAUGAUAGCGGAUGCGUUUUGGUACGAAGAUAACAGAAGGAUUUAUCAAAUAUCUAGACCGGAGAUUGACAGGAUUACGUACUUGAUGAUUCGUCUUGUAACAUUUCCACAAAAUCGAUUUGUUGCCAUUGAAACUGUUAAUGUUGAUGACAAAGAAUGGCUCUUUGGGUGUAACGCUAAGGAUGUUCAUAGCACAUACAGAUAUUGUAAAACAGCGAUGUCGUUAAGCGAAUUAAGUAGAUGGAGCGCUUCUGCCACUGGAGAAAAACGGAAAAUGGCCACAAUUAACUUGCACAGUAUUAUAGAAAAAUAUCCCGAAUGGACUCACGUUAUUGUUAAAGUUUCGCCAACCAGAAAGCCGAUUACUCUAAACGUUGAUAUAAACGAUUACGCGUCACGUCAAAUUAUCGUUAACCUACCGUCUACAUUGUCGUUUACAAAACACGUAAUAAAGCAAGAAACUGAGCCGAAUAGCUUGUACUACGAGUUGAUUUUAGCGGAUUUAAAUGCGGUACACGAAGCGUACCUGUUGUAUGUGGAACCCGUUGACACGUGUCAUACGUAUCACGUGACCGCUGAGAUGCAAGUCCCGUGGGCGAAGAAUAACGAGUACUACCACUAUUUCACGCACUUGAAGCGAUCCCCGAUGAAAUUGAGGCUUUUCAAAAGUAACCCAAACGUGACUUCAGAUGAGAAAAUAAAAAUCACUCUUCUAUUGGAUCCGAGAUGCUCCUUCACGAUAAGUAUAUCAGGUAGCUGGUACUACCGUCUUGCCCAGUUGGUGCGUAAUUACAGCCCAGUUUUAGUACCAUAUGUGGCUGCCAUAGUACUUUUAGCAGUACGGGCCAAUCUAAUAAACUUGAAAGAGCAUGGAUCCUGUGUCUCAAUACAUACAGCGCUUAUGAGCGAAGGUGUCAAGCCAUAUUAUGUGUUGGUGUUUAGCCGACUGGCUAUUAUGGGAAUAAUGUCGGUACCACUAUUGCCAAUAAUAUUAGAGAAUGCUAGCUGGAACAAUUUAGAACUCCAGUACUUUACGAAAUCUUUGUUAGUAUUGCCGGCGUAUAUGACGGCUCUCGGUAUAGUGAACGUGGCAGCCGCCGGGAUACUUGCUGUGAUGGUGUUUUCAUCACAAUUGGCUCAUCGAUUGCUUUUUAAAAUAGUAUGGCGCGGUGGCAACGGACUAGCGGAAAAAGUCGCGUCGGGUCUCCAAAAAGUUCCGCUAGUGGUGAGUGCGGCGCUAGUGUGCGCAGUGCCACUCUCAUGUGGUGCUGCGGCCUUGACUGCGGGAGCGGCUUUUUACGCUUUUAUGAUUUCAAAAAUGUAUGAAGAAUAUCUGGAGGAUUAUGUGUAUAAAUUAUUGGCAAAAGUUGGUAGUAGAUUGUGUAAGAUGUUCAUAAAGCAAACUAAGGAGACAUGUAAUAAAGAACUCAAAGACCAGAAAGCUGAAGAGAUUACCAAUGCAGUUGUCAAGAAUGACUGUAUAGAUGCACCCGAAGAAACAGUUGAUGAAGAUCUCAAUAAUAUUAAUUUCCAUAUGAUGUUAUUCUUUAUGUGGAUGUGUGUUACAUUAGUUAAUAUACCAGCAUUACUGACUUGGGCAAGGAAUUUUAAGUACAGCAUGGUAUUAACACCUGACACUUCUUACCACACUGGUAUGCUUAUGUCAGCUUGCUCAGGUAUUGUCUGGCAAAUGGAUGGACCUCAAAAGAAAUUAAAAUUCUAUGAUGCAGUCAUUUCAUUGCUCUUUACAAUGGCAGUAUUUAUCAUAGCACUUGGACCAUUUUCAAUAUCUAUUAUUAACUAUGGUGUUUCAAUUAUGUUUGCCAUAAUAACUUUUCAACAAUUGCUCAAUAAAGAAGAAAAAUCUUGUAAUACUGUAGGAAACACACAAGAUAAGAAAGAAGAUUCCAGUGAAGAGCCAAGUACCAAAGAAAAUCCUAAAUCUAAUUUAAAUAACAUCAAUGAAAACUCAGUUGCUAGUAGCUCUGAAGAAAAGUCUCAAAAUACUAGUGAAAAUAUUGAAACUGAACUAAAUUGUGAUGUCUGCAAUGAAAGCAGAAUUUAUACAAUGUUCAAAAAUCUCAGAGACAAAAUUAAUUUUAGUGAUGAUAAUUAA